CGGGCCAAUUAGAGAGAGAGAGAGAUUUUUGUUUUCCAGAUUUCUUUCAGUCUCUUUUUCUAUUUAUAUAUUUUCAUAUCUCUCUCGUUUGAUCGGAGUCUGAAUCUCUCUCGUCGUUCUAUCUAAUUUCUUUGUAUUUGUGCACCGGACGAGAGAGUCUUAAACGAUGUCUGCAACCCAGGAGGAAGACAAGAAGCCAGGAGACGGUGGAGCUCACAUCAAUCUCAAAGUCAAGGGACAGGAUGGAAACGAGGUGUUCUUUAGGAUCAAGAGAAGCACUCAGCUGAAGAAGCUGAUGAAUGCUUACUGUGACAGGCAAUCCCAGGACAUGAACUCCAUCGCUUUCUUGUUUGAUGGACGUCGUCUUCGCGCUGAGCAAACCCCUGAUGAGCUUGACAUGGAGGACGGUGAUGAGAUCGAUGCGAUGCUCCAUCAGACUGGUGGCGGUGGUACUGGUUUUGCUAUGGCUAUGGCUAUGGCUUGACACUUCCUCCUCCGGGUUUUAGUAGGGCUUUGUGUGAUAUGGAAUGGUUUAAGGAGUAAUCGGCAUUAUUAGGAUAUUUCCAGACUUGUUUUUUUUUUAAUCGUGGCCAUUAGUUCAUAGUAGAAGAAACUAUGAAUUAUGUAUGGUCGUUCAAGGUUAAAAAGAACCAUUCGGUUAAUUAUUCGUCUUUGUUCGUUUGUUAUUGGAUCCUCAUCCUGUGUUAUUACUCUACUGUUUGGACUUAAAGGUGUUAUUAACCCGAUUAUCUAUAA